AUGUGUGAUAAUGCAUUUUGCAGGAGCAAAAUUGGAUUGCCAGACCUGCAAGGGAACAACAUCACCAUCAUUUUCCAGAGCGACUUCCAGAACAUGAAAGAUUUGAAGAUAUUACAACUAUCGGAGAACCAAAUCCAUACCAUCGAACGAGACGCCUUUUUGGAGCUCAACGGCUUGGAGAGACUGAAACUGAACAAUAACCGACUGACUCAGUUAGCCGACGGUCUGUUUUUGAGGUUGAGACACCUACAGCGGCUAGACCUAAGCAGGAACGAGCUGACCGCAAUAAGCCGGCGCACCUUCCGUGGGCUGACGGCGCUGAAGAGCCUCCAUCUUGAUGGGAACCAGCUCAAGUGUGUGGAUGAGAAGGCGCUGGAGCAUCUGAAGAGCCUUGAAGUGCUCACUCUCAAUAACAACAACCUGACGUACCUCGCCUUGGAGCCGGCUGCCAUCACCAGGCUUCACACCCUGAGGCUCACGGAUAACCCGGUGGUCUGUGACUGCAGAGUGGCGAGACUGUCUACUGCUGUGAGGGCCGCUGGGAUUCCGGGAGUCGGUGCCAGGUGUCAAGCUCCAGCAGCGCUGAAAGGUGCCCUGCUCACUGACUUGGAAGCACACGAGCUGGUCUGCAGUGGCCCAACCAACGCUAUAUCCUCGGGCGAGUGCUCUGCAGAGCCUCGCUGUCCGCCGCCUUGCCGCUGUUCCUUGGACGGCACCGUGGACUGCAGAGAGAAGCUGCUAUCAGAACUGCCUACCACCAUCCCCCAUAGAGCCACUGAGAUCCGCCUCGAACAGAACGAGAUAACAGAAGUGGGGACAGGAGCGUUCGCAGCUGUAAAGAGAGUUACACGUAUAGAUCUUUCAAAUAAUAAGAUCACGAAGCUUGCUGCCGACGCGUUUACUGGGUUAACUCAUCUGAGCUCUUUGGUCCUGUAUGGAAAUAAGAUCAAAGAACUUCCAUCUGGAAUAUUCCACGGCUUGGCGUCUCUUCAACUACUAUUGCUGAAUUCAAACGAAAUAACGUGCGUCAGGAAAGACACGUUUAGAGAUUUGCAGAAUCUGAAAUUAUUAUCUCUCUACGACAAUAACAUCAGGUCUCUAUCAAAUGGUACUUUUGAUGCCUUGACUGGGAUACAAACGCUCCAUCUAGGCCGCAACCCGUUCUCCUGCGACUGUUCUCUCCGCUGGUUAGCAGCGUACUUGCGAAAGAACCCGAUUGAGACGUCGGGCGCCAAGUGCGACGCGCCGAAGCGGAUGAGUAGGAAACGUAUCGACGCGCUGAGGGAAGAGAACUUCAAGUGCAAACCGGGCGAGGAGACAGCCAACGCGUGUGGCGUGUCGGGCGCGUGCCCGGCGGCGUGCGCGUGCGAGUACGGCGCGCGCUCCGUCAGCGUCACGUGCGCGCGCGCGUCGCUUAGCGAAGUGCCUAAGGACCUGCCGCUCAACACUGAUGCCCUAUUGAUGUCUGACAACGCCUUAGGGCAGAUCAAGUCGGACGGCCUGUUCGGCAGGCUGCCGGACCUCACUAAACUAGACUUCAGGAAUAACGGAAUAACGGUAAUCGAAGACAACGCGUUCGACGGCGCUGCCAACAUACAGGAACUGCUGCUUGAUGGCAACCUGCUGCAGACUGUCACUGACAAGAUGUUCUUCGGGCUGCACAGCUUGACAGUGCUAUCAUUGGGAGAAAACAAAAUCAAAUGCAUCACACCGGGGGCUUUCGAUCAUCUGACCAUGCUGUCUACUCUGAACCUAGAGCACAACCCAUUGGAGUGUACUUGUCACAUCUCCUGGCUGUCGACCUGGCUGCGGUCACGUCGCCUGGCCCCGACAGCCACCUGCGGAGCGCCGUCAACACUAAGAGACGCUAAUUUACAUCAUUUGGAAUUGAGCGACUUCAAGUGCUCGCCCGAAGACAAGGGCUGCCUCGCGCCAGACUACUGUCCGUCAGCUUGCGUUUGCACCGGCACCGUCGUCCGCUGCUCGCGAGCUCAGCUCACAGCCCUGCCAGCUAAUAUACCGAGACAGACCACCGAGCUGUACCUAGAAUCCAACAAAAUCACAACAAUCACCUCGGACCAGAUCCGUCACCUGUCGCAGCUCACGCGCCUUGAUCUAUCAAACAACCAGAUCAGUGUGCUCGCAAACGACACCUUUGAAGGGUUGACUAAACUGGCUACCCUCAUCGUGAGCUAUAACCAGCUGAGAUGCGUGCAGCGCGACGCCCUGCGAGGCUUGACACAGCUCCGCGUGCUAUCUCUUCAUGGAAACAACAUUUCCACGCUGGCUGACGGAGUGUUCAGGGACUUGGAAUCCAUCUCACACGUAGCGCUGGGUUCGAACCCACUCUACUGCGACUGCGGCGCUCGCUGGCUCUCAGAAUGGGUCAAGACAGCAGGCGAAUACGUCGAGCCAGGCAUCGCGCGUUGCGCCGGCCCGCCACCGAUGAGAGACAAGCUGGUGCUUAGUACGCAGACGUCUGCUUUCGUGUGCAAGGGCAAGCCGCCUUCCGAAGUGGUGUCCAAAUGCGACCGCUGCCACAACAACCCGUGCCGCAAUGGCGGCGCCUGCUCCGCUACCAGCAGCGGCGGCUUCGAGUGUGCUUGUGCUCGGGGCUUCCACGGCGACGCCUGCCAGCACGAGAUAGAUGCGUGCUACGGGGCCCCGUGCGCUCAUGGACAGUGCCAGUUGUUGGAAGAAGGACGGUUUCAUUGCUCCUGCCAGCCAGGCUACACAGGCGUGCGUUGCGAAGCGAACAUCGACGACUGCGCGGCGCAUCGCUGCCAGAACAACGCGACUUGUGUGGACAGACUGGAGGGAUACUCUUGUAAAUGCGCGCCGGGGUAUAUGGGCGAAUUCUGCGAGAAGAAGAUACCCUUCUGCACAGCAGAGUUCAACCCGUGCGCCAACGGAGCGGUGUGCAGCGACCACACCAGCCACUACACCUGCGCGUGCCCCAAGGGCUACUCCGGACAGAACUGCACGGUCAAUGCCGACGACUGCAUCAACCACAUGUGCCAGAACGGUGCGACCUGCGUAGACGGCCUCGACGAGUACAAGUGCGCGUGCGCCGCAGGCUACGCCGGCCGGUACUGCGAGGCUGCGCCACACGCCGCGCUCGGGACUUCGCCCUGCGCCCACCACGACUGUUUACACGGCGUGUGUUACCUGCCCCGGCCACAGCAGGACGACAUGCUAAUGGACCGGCCUUCACUCGCCGGCGACUACUUGUGCAAGUGCGCGCCAGGUUACUCAGGCCGCUUCUGCGAGUACCUGACGUCGCUGACGUUCAGCCACAACGACUCGUGGGUGGAGUUAGAACCGCUGCGCACUAUGCCGCAAGCCAACGUCACUUUGGUGUUCAGUACGACCCAAAAGCACGGCGUACUAAUGUACUUCGGCGACAACGAGCAUUUAGGAGUGGAACUGUUCAAUGGCCGCCUGCGCGUCAGCUACGAUGUGGGAAACCAUCCUACUUCUACUAUGUACAGUUUCGAGAUGGUGUCGGACGGCAACUACCAUAAAGCCGAGCUGCUGGCCGUCAAGAAGAACUUCACGCUGCGGGUGGACGACGGGCCCGCCCGCUCCAUCAUCAAUGAAGGCAGUAAGGAGUACCUUCGUCUAGAAAACGCCAUGUAUCUGGGCGGGCUGCCCGACGACGCUGCGAAGGUCGCCUUCGGACGCUGGCACUUGAGAAACGUCACCAGCUUCAAAGGCUGCCUAAAAGAAGCGUGGAUCAACCACAAGCGCGUGGACUUCAGCAACGCGGUCCGCAUGCAGCGGCCGGCGGCCGGCUGCGGCGACGACGAGCCGCCCGCUCCACAACCCGCGCCGUCUGUGCAAGAUGACGGACAGAGGCAUAGCCAGGACCCGUGCGUCCCGAAUCCCUGUGCGCGUGGCGGCCGCUGCGUGCGAGAAGAAGGCUCGCCGUCCGACUACACGUGCCGCUGCCGCGCUGGGACCGCGGGCCCGCAGUGCGAGCUUAGGGCUUCUAUUGGAGGCGCCCCCGUGAUCACGCAAAGCAAGCUGCCGGUCAGGAAGCCGCAGUCCUCAAUCAUCAGCAACGUGCAGGCUUCACCAGCGGCGCCAGCGCACAAACAGCAGUUGCCAGCCGAGCACGCUCCUUCGCCUUCAACGCCAGCUAGCGGAGGAUGUAGAAAGGAGGCGACGCGCGAGUUCAUAUCGGAAGGCAAGUGCCGCAGCCGGCGCGCGGUGCGUGGCGCGCGCUGCGCGAGCGCGAAAGGAGCGUGCGCGCGCGCGCACUGCUGCGCGCCCAGGAAGACUAAGAAGAGGAAGAUCCGGCUAGUGUGCGCAGACGGCACGCGGUACACCAAAGAGAUAGAGAUAGUGCGCAAGUGCGCGUGCGGCAAGAAGUGCCCCAGAAGCUCGCCCUUCCUGCUCUAGGAUACUGACUACCCCCAUGGAACCCCAUACAGCUCAGAACCCCACACUCCUCCAUGGAAUCCCAUACACAACUGACACCAUAAAAAUCGCAUCCGAAACGGUUCACCCGUUUGAGUGCUACGGUGUCGCCACCUAUAUACCUCCAUAGAUAUUAAAAAAAACUCAUCAAAAUCAGUUUAGCCGUUUAAGAGCUACGGUGCCACAUACAUAAACACACAUAGCGAUCUUAAUAACACCACUCUUUAGCGUAGUGGUGAAAAUAGGUGAUCAUAAUAAACUUCCAUGGAACUCUAUACAUCACAGACAUCAUUUAAAAAAAACUGCAUCCACAUCGGUUCAUCCGUUUAAGAGCUAUGGUGCAACACGCUUCUUUUAACGUUCUGUGAAUAUAUCCAUGUAUCUGAUUUUGAGAUAUGUUUCAACACUUUUUUAGGAAUGGCAAAAUGAUUACUUCUAAAUGCCACCUUGCCAUUAUUUUUAGUAGAAAAUCAUAUCACCAUGCAUUAUUUUAAUGAUCUAAUAAUGAUGUUUACAAGUGGCCAUAUUAUAAUGUUUAAUUUAGUCAUUAUUACAAGUUAUAAUCCAUAAUCUUCUAUGUUUCAAAAUCUAAAACCCUACUCAUGUAUUGCCAUACUUCAAAAUCUCUUCAAAAACUACCAAAAUGGUAGUUUCCCACAAAACAGGGCCUGAACCAACGAGUUGCCAUAGACAAUAAUUUUGACCCUUUAUCUCUGCUUUUGGACAGUUUUAAAUUUACACUUAAGCUAAGAAUAUUGUAGAAGACCAUAAUUUUAACGAAUUUACUGUACGAAAAAUAAGUAAUACAAAAUGUAGUCGUGGCCUAAGUAACAUAGAUGUUUUAACACUUUUCUAAAGCUGAUAUAAAACCUUCAGUUCUUUAAAACACUGAUUUUAUAUUGAAGUAAUUUUUAGUCAAAAACGUCUGAUUUUAAAAUACUUAUAUUUUAUGCAACCUACUUACAAAGUCCAGCAUUUUAUUAACAUUUUGUAUGAAACCUAGCACCUACGGAAUAUUUAGUCCUAAAAUAUACCUUUUAGUAUAAAUUUGUAUACUUAAAACUUUCAUACUCAGAUAUUUAAGAACAAAAAGUAUUGCAUUUAUUGUUUUUUUCUAAGACGCUAUUUAAAAUAAACCUUUUUUGUUUUAUUACAAAAA